UAUGGAACCUGCAGCAUCUCGUAAAUAUGGGCCUAUAAUUAAAAAAGAAAUAUUAAUAUAAAUAAGAAAGCAACAUGAAAUUGGGAAUAUUGUGGAUUUUUCUGGUCUACGCUCAGAAUUGCUUGGGCGUCAAACUCCUGGAAGCGAAUCCGGAUGUAAAGCGUCUCUAUGAUGACCUCCUCAGCAACUAUAACCGCCUGAUCCGACCCGUGACGAACGUGUCUGACAUCCUGACGGUCAGACUAGGGCUCAAGCUGUCUCAGCUCAUGGAGGUCAACCUGAAGAACCAGGUCAUGACUACCAACCUCUGGGUUGAACAGAAAUGGUUCGACUACAAGCUGACGUGGAACCCCGAAGACUACGGCGGCGUUGAGAUGCUGUAUGUGCCAUCAGAACACAUCUGGUUGCCUGAUAUUGUUCUUUACAACAACUGGGAUGGCAACUAUGAGGUGACACUAAUGACGAAAGCGACCCUGAAGUACACAGGGGAGGUGAACUGGAAACCACCAGCGAUCUACAAGUCGUCUUGCGAGAUCAACGUCGAGUACUUCCCGUUCGACGAGCAGACGUGCUUCAUGAAGUUCGGCUCGUGGACUUACAAUGGCGCUCAGGUUGAUCUGAAACACAUGGACCAAUCCCCUGGCAGCAGUCUGGUGCACGUGGGUAUAGACCUCAGCGAGUUCUACCUGUCAGUGGAGUGGGACAUCCUGGAAGUCCCCGCUACCAGGAACGAAGAGUAUUACCCUUGCUGUCCUGAACCAUUUUCAGAUAUAACUUUCAAACUAACUAUGCGUCGAAAAACUUUAUUUUACACAGUAAAUUUGAUUAUCCCUUGUGUCGGACUCACGUUUCUAACAGUGUUAGUAUUCUACCUGCCCUCGGACUCUGGAGAAAAGAUAUCGCUCUGCAUCUCCAUCCUGGUGUCCCUAACAGUGUUCUUCCUUGGUCUGGCCGAGAUCAUCCCGCCAACAUCCCUGGCAAUUCCUCUGCUUGGGAAAUAUCUACUAUUCACCAUGAUUCUCGUCUCGCUCAGUGUGUGGGUCACUGUUGUCAUACUUAACGUCCAUUUCAGGUAA